AUUAAUGGGUUAACCGGUGGCAUAUAUAAUUCUUGGUGGAUAUAAGAGCUAACCCUAGUAGGGUUUUUGUUCCAGCUCUGCUUAUUACCACUGCAUCUUCUAAACGGCAGCCAAACCCUAAUAGCAGCAGCUCUGAAAUCAUGGCCGUCGGAAAGAACAAGCGUAUAUCCAAGGGAAAGAAGGGAGGCAAGAAGAAGGCAGCUGAUCCGUUUGCCAAGAAGGACUGGUAUGACAUUAAGGCACCUUCUGUUUUCAAUGUCAGAAAUGUUGGCAAAACCCUUGUCACCAGAACUCAGGGAACCAAGAUUGCUUCUGAGGGGCUGAAACAUAGAGUUUUUGAAGUAUCUUUGGCUGACCUUCAAAAAGAUGAAGAUAAUGCCUAUAGGAAAAUCCGUCUCAGAGCAGAGGAUGUGCAAGGAAGGAAUGUGCUGACAAACUUCUGGGGAAUGGACUUCACUACAGAUAAGCUGAGAUCACUGGUGCGGAAAUGGCAGACACUGAUCGAAGCCCAUGUUGAUGUGAAAACAACCGAUAAUUACACUCUGAGGUUGUUCUGCAUUGCUUUCACUAAGAGACGUGCAAACCAGGUCAAGCGGACCUGCUAUGCUCAGUCCAGUCAGAUCCGCCAGAUUCGCCGGAAGAUGAGGGAAAUUAUGAUUAAUCAGGCCUCAUCAUGUGAUUUGAAAGAACUGGUGGCAAAGUUCAUUCCUGAGAUGAUUGGUAGAGAGAUUGAGAAGGCAACUUCCAGCAUAUACCCAUUGCAAAAUGUCUAUAUUCGAAAGGUCAAGAUCUUGAAGGCACCCAAAUUUGACCUUGGAAAGUUGAUGGAGGUUCACGGUGACUAUUCGGCCGAUGAUAUUGGUGUGAAGUUGGACAGGCCGGCUGAUGAAACAAUUGCUGAGGCAGAGACUGAAGUUGUCGGUGCAGCCUAAGGAGUAUUUUAGUUUGUUAUAAUCCUCUUGUUUUCAGACUUGUGAACAUUUAGUACUUGGAAAUUUUGCAUUUUUGGAUAUUAAGAGGUGCUGAGCUAAGGUCUGUAUAUGACCAAUAUGUGUGGAUUCUUUAGAUAUUAAUAGCCAUUAGCUUUUUCCUUAUGUACCCAGAUUCUAAUGCUUCAUUAUGAUUUUGUUUUGGAUUUCAUA